UUACAGGAGUCCUGUUAGAACGAUAAUGAUUCAUAUUUUAGGACCUACGGCAGUUUUCUGGGACACGCCGCGUGCUCACAUCGUCCUAAAUGCGGGAGAAUCAGCUCGUCUGUCUUUAAUACUUUACUGAGGCGCAGAAAAGGCGGCAAAAAGUACUUGUAUGGCAUAUAACGUCGCACUUGGUUUCUUCAUGACAUGCAUGAUUUCCACUAUGCGUGCCGCUUCCAUACGAGAAAAGGCCGUGCUCCCUGAACACGAAUCCCCAACAACCGACGAUUCUCAAGGGCAUUUAUUAAAACGGAAAGCGAGAGCCUUCCUUGGAUUCGAUGGGGAAAGUUUACCGUCUAUUUUUCGGCUGCAAAAGAAUCCGGAUUCUCGCUUGCAGGCAGUUUACCUUCAAAAGAAGCGAGGUAAUCCAAGCUCUCAGAAGCCGCCUCGAUUUCAAGCCUUGCCGACAUUUCCAUCCCUUUUCAGCGAUGCCUACAUACCGAGUCCGUUCAAGCCCGAAUUUCUGGAUCAACUUCCUAAGCCGUGGGCCCCGAACCGUGUGGAAGGCGAGAAGGAAACGCCCUUCUGGCAUGGAAUCUAUGUCGUGCUCCCUGGAGGUGCGCCAAAUAUGACGGGGCGAUACUGGUGCUGGAGCUUUGUUUGGCCACCGAGGAGAAAUAAAACUACGAAGCCGCCAGUGAGUAAAAGCCCCGGAGGCUCUACAGCAAAACCUGAUGGUUCGAGUCGAGCAUCAACGAAGGCCACUGAAUCCGUGUCGGAGAAACCCCCUUCAGAAGUAACGCCACCUGGUCCUUUCUCGGGGCCUCCGGAGAUGAACGUUACGGAAGACCGCACUCCGGAGAAUCCUUCAACUCAAUCAACGCUACCUGCGACAGAGGUGGAGUCCUUCAUGCCUGGAUCAAGCACGGAACUAACGACCCAGAUGCCAAGGUUCACGGAUGUACCGAACAGCAACCCCGAAGCAACCGGUGGUCAGGAGGUCGAAAAUGCCGGACCAUAUACAACGCUAUUUAGUAUCUCUCAUCUCCCAAAGACAACGGAAUCUUCGCUCACCACUGAAAGCUGGAUUGACGCUCCAGAAGGUCAUGGUGAUACGACCCAGCUGAGUUCAGCUUUUCCGGGCACUGAAACUAGCGGCAUGGAUACCACGACACCCUCCGUGGAGAAUGCAAUGAAUGAAGUUCGCCCUUCUGCCAGUCAAAGUCCCAGCGGUGUUCUCGUGAACGGAAGAGUAGGAGUAGAAAUGCGCAAUUAUACAGUACAAUUUCCUGGUGUAAUAAAGGAUGAAUAAAAGCAGAAGUAA